UGACUUGGCGAUCCAGUGCAGAACCGCAAGCGCAGCGAGCUAGAACGCCACAAAAUCGGCGACGGAGAAAUCGCGAGAACGCGAGAUCGUGCAAAUAUAUAGUACCAAGUAGUAUAAAGUGCGGACUUGGCGAUUCGAGUGCGAGUGCGAGUGCCGGUGAAAAUACAUUCAGCAGUUUUCCCCCAUUUUUAGUGCCCUCGGGUUCAAGUGUUUUAAAGCCCAAAGUGCCAGUUUUACACACCAAAUAGGUUGCAGCUUUAAGCCAUAGCCAUUUUAUCAGCUCGCCACCAACCAACGCAGCCAUGGAUUUUAGAAAGCAUUUGGGUUUAUUGACGCUCCUCCUGGUCGCGAUACUCGCGUUUUACGGUCGCCCAGCUGACGCCUGCAGCUGCAUGCGCUCCCACCCACAGACGCACUUCGCCCAGGCGGACUACGUUGUGCUGUUGCGAGUCAUUCGCCAAUCGGACACCAUCGAGCUGGGCAAGACCACCUACAAAGUUCAAAUCAAACGCACCUACAAGGCUACGCCCGAAGCGCGGCAGAUGCUACGCGAUGGUCGCCUGUCCACGCCCAAAGAUGACGCAAUGUGCGGCGUGCACCUCAGACUGGGAAGGGUUUAUAUAGUGGCGGGAAGGAUACCGACAUUAAACAUAUGCAGCUACUACAAGGAGUACACCAAGAUGACCAAAACAGAGCGGCAUGGCUUCAUGGGUGGCUAUGCCAAGGCCACCAAUUGCACACUCAUUCCCUGCCAAGGAGAAAGGUGCUUAACGGGACGAAAUUAUGCCGACGCAUGCAAAUGGUCGUAUGCAAAUAAAUGCCAGACAGACUACAGUCUCUGCACGCCGCACCAAAAGCGGACGGAUCAUGGAGUGAUUUCCCAAUGCCGCUGGAGAGAGACGCAUCUCUACAAAAAGUGCCUGCGCAAUCCGUAGAGCAAUACGGGUUUUAGUUCCCCAAGUCCUCCGCUUGUCCUUGUUAUGCUAUCGUUUUUCUCUGUCCAGAGCUUUAAUACGUACGUUAUGCCUAAUGUGUUAUUUAAUAAUUGAUGCUUUCGAACUUGUAACCGGCUCCUUAGUAGCUACUUAAUU